ACGCAACGUGCGCCAAAGUACUCAGCAUUCCAUGAUGGUUGGACGAUUCAUCCCUGCAUAGCUUGGGCGCAGCAAAUGGAGGCGUCAUCGCAUUUGGACACCUUGUCCAGCACCAGUAGCGGUCGAGAGGGAGCGACCAUGUGGACUGGCUCGACGACUAGACAGCCGUACUCGGCUAACUUGGAAUUGUCGCACCAGUCGAUGGGAUUUUUGGGUGUAUUUUCACAUGCCAAGUGAUCGGCUAUUGGCUCCAACAAUUGUAUCCAAAACCAUUCUCCCACAAGAUGGAGGCCGAGCACUACUGUCCCAGCACUUCCAUCUCCUGCACGACAAGUACGAGUGGUGGGUCCACGAGCAGCUCACCGAUGCAUCCUCUAUACGACCGACGGCCUCGUCCUUCACGAUCGACCACGUACGUCUUCCAGGUCGCUUGCACCGAGACAAAGACCAAGUGGACACUUCGCCGCUCGUACAUGGACUUUGUCGUUCUGCAUAGCCAACUCGUUCGAGUGCAUGGCACGUCGCGACGGCACCCUGCGAUGCAAGCGCUCUUGGCAUCCAUCGUUGACAUCGAGCUCUCAACACUUGGCUCCACACGAGACUUCUAUCAGCAACUGCAGGAGUUUGCUGGAUCGCUGGCAGCCAUGCGCCUCGACUGCACCGCGCUUGCGUCGGUGCCAUGCCUUCAAGAGAAUCUCCUCUUCCGGGCAAAUCGAGUUUACGUGCUCCUGACGGCGUUUUUGCAAGUCCCGACCAGUCAAGUUCGCGAAGAGCUGCGGUGCGUUGUGUCCACAGCAUACGGCCGCCACGACGUUAUAGAUCGCCUGCUCGAGCAGUUGGACGUGGCAUCGCCCAUGUAUUUACUUUUGGACCUCAACGACAUUUUCCACUUGCGACAGCUCAAGCGCACAUCCACCGCAACGGGUCGCUGCCAUCGCGUGUGUUAGAAGGCUACACGAAAGUACCAGCUAUUUAUUCAUGUGUAUGUACUAGU